AUGGAAGACCUUGAACAAGAGAAUCAUGAAUUCCGUGAUGAAGUAACUACUCUCCGUGUCGGGGUGGAAAGAUUGACUGCUUUGGUGGAAAGCUUAGUAGCUGCUCGGAAUCAACCAUCACCCCCUCCAUCAACUCGUGCCACUCAAACUGAAGUCCAGACUACUACGAUUUGUGAAGUUUCUACUACUAGUGUUUCUAUGGCUCCUACCACUGGUCCCUCUCACUAUCAGAUGCCUAAUGGCUAUCCUGGGGGCAUGUCUUACAACUUUGUGCCAGAGGGAUACCAUCCUAUCACUGGAGCUGCUCAAACUACUCCUAUAAUGACUGUGACUUCACCCCUGGUACAUGUUGUGCCACAAACUGAGGAAGCCAUUUACCAUGUUGAGCCCAAUGAAAGAAAUGAAGCUUAUGAUGAUUUCAAAGACCAAUUCCAAGAGAUGCGAAAGGAGAUUAAAGCCCUCAAAGGGAAGAAUUCGUUUGGAAAGAGUGCUUAUGAUAUGUGUCUUGUGCCAAAUGUGAAAAUACCUGCCAAGUUUAAAGUGCCUGAUUUUGAAAAAAAGAUGGCCACUCAUACUGAUGAUGAUAAGUUAUUGAUCCACUAUUUUCAAGAUAGUCUAACUGGUGCCGCUUUGAAAUGGUACAUGGGAUUAGAUAGUACUCAUAUCAGUUCUUUUGAUGACCUUGUGGAAGCGUUCAUUCGACAAUACAAGUAUAAUGUUGACAUGGCUCCUGAUAGAGACCAACUCCGAGCCAUGGAACAGAAGGAGAAAGAGUCUUUCAAAGAGAUGGUUGCAAGCGCUCCGACUGACUUCACUGAAAUGGUGAAUAUGGGGAUGCGACUAGAAGAAGGUGUACGAGAAGGACGAUUGACUAUGGAAUCUGGAUCGUCAACUGAAACCAAGAAAUAUGGAAACAACUUUCAAAAGAAGUGGGAAGAUGAAACUAUUGCUUUUGCAAUUGAUGGUGGAGAGUCUCAGAACUCACAUUCCUACCAACCCUUAACUUAUCAGCAAGCACCAUUCAUACCAUACGAUAAGUAUCCAUAUGUUGCAGCCGCACAAUUCAAACAACCAUACCAACAGCCAUGGGAAGCUUCACCUUAUAAUUCUUCAUGGAAUGCUCCUCAGAAUGCAGCUCAGAAUCAGAAUCGUCAAUGGAAUCAGAAUAUACCUCAAAGGAAUCAGCAGAAGGAGGAUCGUCGCAUUGACCCAAUUCCAAUGACCUACGCUCAGCUAUGGCCAUAUCUAAUUGAGAAGAAAGCAAUAGCUCCCAGACCAACUCAACCGGCAAAGUUUCCAUUUCCAAAGGAAUACAAUCCAAACGUCAAGUGUGAUUUUCAUAGUGGGAUAUCAGGUCACUCCAUUGAAGAUUGCAAUGUCUUGAAGGAAAAAGUUCAAGAUCUGGUUGACAAAAAGAUACUCUCUUUCAAGGAUAUUGGUCCUAUGCCAUGA